CCAAUCAGUCGGUCUCGAUGACGGAAUGUAUAAAAUUUUAAGAUGGUGAUGAGCAGUAUUUUCUCAAAUGAACGAAAAAAGACUCUAGUGUCUAAUUUAGUAUUUCUUUAAUAUUUUCUAAAUGUGUCUGUCAUUGCGAUAUUGUGAUAUACAACAUGUUAUUAUAGUUUAUAGGAUUUAGGUGUUGGACGUGUUUUAAGGAUCAUUGACAUUGUUUCUUUGAAAAAUUAUGCCAUCGUGAUUGUUAUGUUCAAGUUCGCAUUGUGUGCUUUUGUACCAACCAGUUCAUGGAUUAGGAGUUUCUGAUGUUUUCGAUGUUAUGGACAGGAAGGAGAGAUCACUCAUCAACAUGGAGGCCACAGAUACUGUGGAUACCAAACAGUCGAAGCAGCGAGCGUCGAUCAAAUGGCUGCUGGCGAAGGCGUUUAACAACCGGGUACCGGAGAAUCUUCAGGAGCCGUUCUAUAGGGAUCAUGAGGAUCAGGAGCACCUGAAGCCGACCAUAGUGGGCGGGUUGGCCAACGCGGAGCUGUACUGCCUCGCGUUGGCCAACAUGUACUCGGACCCCAACUACCACAGCCUCAACCACUGGAACAUCCUGCAGACGCUGGCGCGGAAGGGAGUCCACGUGCCCGACCCGCCAGACUGUGCGCUCACCGAGACCGUGCUUAUACAGACUAAUCCGCUUAAAAUGAGUGCGCACGUGGCGGUGAUCGAGGCUGUGAUGGCGCUGUACGCGCGCGAGGUGGUCACGCUGGACCGCGUGUCGGCGGCGGCGCAGCGCUUCGGCACCAGCCAGCCGCUGGUCGGCUCGGCGGUGCCGCACGAGGACGGCCUGCUGUGCUGGAUCAACGCGGCGUGCACGGCACUCAAUAAAGCUGAGGAUAACAGUUCGCAACACGUGCCAACGGUGAAGAGUCUACAGGAGCUGUGUGACGGUACAGCGUUAGCGGCGCUGAUAUCCUUCUACUGUCCGGACGCGCUGCCGCGGUCAGCCGUGCGCGUUGGACGGAUGGCCUCUAUACAGGACUGUCUGCACAACCUCAUGCUGGUUUACGACUUCUGCCGGACCAGCCUGCCGCAUAACGUGUUUCAUAUGAUGCCGGAGGACGUCACGUAUAUGCGAGGAUCGAUGCGACAAAACUUAAUAGCUAUGCUGGCAGAUCUGUUCAACAUGUUGGAAGUUCAUCCGGUGAAGUCAGUCAAGUACCCAGGUAGUGGCGCGCGCGGCGACUGCAACGCGCACGGCGUGCGGCACAAGCGGUGCCUGCCGCCGCCGCCGCCGGUCGCUAUCCCGGAGCUGCGCGAGCACGCCGCGCCGCCGUCGCCGCACGCCGCGCAGUUCGCAGUCCCGCGUUCCCCGUCCGCGUGCGCUAUUCGUCCGCGCGGGCCCGCCAAUAGGUCGUCCUGCUCAACGCCCGAGCGUCGCAGCUGUAGCCCGCAGCGGGAGGAGUUCGUGGUACACAGCCGGAAAGCCAUCACCACGCUGUCGGCUAUGGCCAGACGGGACGAUGAAAAUGUGGUAGAGCAAAGCGCAGCGGGCCGACCUUCUAAGUGGGCGGGGUCUCGAGAAGCCAGUUUCGCCGGCAGACGGUCGAGGCGGGGCUCCGUGUCCGAUGACAGCCAACUGACUGUCGAAAACUUUGGAGGCUCCCAGGAUCGGUUACACUUCGCUGGACGUAAUCCCGAAAAAGAACUGGCAACAUUUCAAACAGCUCGAAAAAUAUCCGCACCUGCAGGUCCGCUAGACCACAAUCCCCCGCUGCGUUCCUCGCGCCAAGACAUCCGAGGCUCGAUUCAAUUCUUUCACGGCGACUUCCACAACGGCUCGCCGGAGGAUCGGUUCAGUCGCCAACACAGCGUCGAGCGAGACGAUCGGUACAGUCGGCAGCAAAGCGUGGAACGAGACGAUCGGUACAAUCGCCAACAGAACGUCGAAAGAGACGAGCGGUACAGUCGCCAACACAGCAUCGAGCGCGAUUGGGCGCGCGGGGGCGGGGACGGCGGCGAGCGAGACGCCCCCGACGGCGACGCCAAGACGAGCUUCGCUGACCUCAAGGUCAGAAGCAACGGGGACCAGAGUCCGUUUCACUUGGGUGACGGCGAUCCGAUGAUAGGAACUGAGCGACGGAAAACUUCAUUCAGUACUCCUCCGGCCAACACUACUACUUGGCAACAACAGUUUAUGCAACAGGAGACCCAGCCAAACGGCGACGACGGUUCGGCGGCGACGUCGCCCAACAGCGGGCAGGCGAUGGCGGCGCAGCUCAACAACAUCCGACUGAAGCUGGAGGAGAAGCGGCGGCGUAUCGAGCUGGACAAGCGGCGCGUGGAGCUCGCCGCCAGCAAGCAGCGCCAGCAGCUCGGCCAGCAGGCUUUCCUGCAGGCCGUUACCAGGGGUAAGGGCGCGCGAACACCCGCAGACGAUGGCCCGGCCGAGUCACAGUCGGACAUAUCGGAUUCUGCGAGUCAAGCUGCUGACACCGUGGCAUUAGAACAGUACCAACAAUCUAUUGCGAAAAUGAACUCCAGCCUGCAAGAUAUACAGAGUGAUAUCGCGAGGCUAGCUAGUCAACAGAGUCAGCUGCAGCAACAGCAGCAGCACCACCUCCAACAGCAGCAGCAGCAGCAGGCGCAGCAGCUUCAGCAACAGCUCCAACAACAGCAACUGCAGCUCCAGCAGCAGUUGCAGCAGCAACAGCAGCAGUUGCAGCAGCAGCAACAAGCCAAACAGCUGUUUCAACCUCCGUCACAAUUACCACAAUCGCCUUUUCAACAACAGUAUCAACCGAACAUUCCACAACUGCACAGCCAAUUCAGCUCACAGCACAAUGUGUCGCGGCAACCGCUCAACGCAUUCGGCUCCUCACCACACAUUCCGCGCGACUUCCAUCAGAACCAACAGUACGAAAACACGCAACAGAACGCCCAGCAAACUGUCCAAAACAAUUAUCAGUAUCGGUAUAGGGAUAUAGACCAAGAGUUUGGACGGCAGCAGUUCUAUUUGCACGACACGCCCGCACAACCCCAGAGGAAGACUUGGGCGCAGCAUGCACAGCAGCAGCAGGAAAAUGCGGAGCUGCGAGGUUGGCAGCUUCAUCAACAAAACCACCAGCCCCAGCAGUACCAGCAGGCGACGCCCGAGCCCCAGAGGACGUGGAAGUCGCCGUCGCCCCAGCCUCCUCCCGAACGAAAUUGGAAUCCGCAAGGUUUCGUUCUCCACGAUAGAACGAAUCAACCCUUCCAAGUGCACUACAACUCCGAUCGAUACCAGAACGGUACCGAAAACGCGCGAGACUCCCAAAACCACUUAAGCUACACUGUGAUAAAUGCCAACCAGUACGCGUCCCAGUCCCCGCCCCUGUCGAGCCCGCGGCGGUCGAGGACGCCGCAGCGGCAGGGCUCCCUGCCGGAGGUGCGGGGGCGAGGCGAGCCGCCUGUCAGCCUGCACCAGCUGCACGCGCCCGGCGCCGCGCCCGCGCCCGCCCCCGCCCCGACGCCCGACGACAUGGAGCCGCAGAACAUCUCCUUCAUCGGCAAUGCCGAAGACGACGCGCUCCGGCAGGGCAUCAACAGACUGAACAUCUCGUCGGGCACGCGGACCUACCGGAUCCCGUCGCCGACGAGGCCCUCGCUCAGCAGAAACUCCUUCCAGCAGCUCGAAGAUGAGGCCGAGCAGAACGAGAAGGGCUUCUACAUAUCGUUCGACAACGACCAGCCCAAGAGACCGAAGCCCCCCCUCCGAGCCAAGCGGGGAUCGCCGAGAAAGGAGCGCAGCGAGUACGCGAGCCCGGAGCGGAGCCCCGAGAACGCGUGGGACGAGCGCCUGCAGCCCGAGGAGCCGUUCGUGGUGCACCGCAGUGCGGCGCGGGACGCGAUGCGAUCUGAUGACGUUUCCGACAGAAGAGAAACGCCACCCAGAGAGCGACCGCAGCGCGUCAACAGCGCCGAGCCCGCCGCCUUAGUUAUAGGCGAAAUGAACCCUGACCCUAACUCGGCGGAGGAGAUGGAGCGUAAGAAGGAGCGGAUCAUGAUGCUGUCGCUGCAGCGGCGGCAGCGGCAGGACGAGGCGAAGGCGCGGGCGGAGGCGGCGGCGGCGGCGCAGCGCGCGCGGGACUCCGCCGCGGCCGAAGUGAAGGCGGCGCGCAAGGCCGAGCAGGCGCGCCGACGCGAGGCCAUCCUGCAGCAGUACAAGCUCAAGAAGGCGCUGGAGGAGGCGGAGCGGGAGGGCAAAGUAGUCGACAAGUCUGAUUACAUGGAGUCGCUACGGAGCGGCGGCGGCGGUGGAGGCGGCGGCGGCGCGGCGCGCCUUCGCGGCAAACAGCCGGCGCGCGCGCGGCCCAAGACCAUACACGUGGACAGCGGCGCGCUGCAGGCGGCUGAGGGCAUGCUCGGCUCUAAACAGCCAUCGUCUACUAACCUCACCGGCACCAUGCGCCGAGACUACUAUCGCGGCUCCACAGACAACUUGGCGGAUAGAUCGUCAAUGUACCGUGACUCGCCGGUGGACGAGCGCGGCGGCAUGUCUCCCAGCAGCGCGUCGAGCGGCCCGCUCGGCCGGCGCGGCUCGUGCAAGACCUCGCGAGAGCGUGUGAAUGAUGAACCACAGUCGACACGUGGAAGGUCUAAAUAUUCCACUUACCAGAAUAACUUUAAGGCGGGAAGGAAAUCUAGCUCUCUUAUGAACUUGUGCGACUCGGGGCUCGGGCGCGCGACUCCGCCCCGGCGCGCGGCGUCGCCAGGCCUGCGCGCGCUGGGCUCGCCCGCGGGGCCCGGCUCGGGGCCCGGCUCCCUGCCGGGGGCCCUGCCCGGGGGCAUCGGCAAGCGGAGGCCCACCCAUGACGACAACUCCGACGUCUCGUCCACGCACUCCUCCAUCAUGGACUACUCGGGUCCGCGGCUAUACAAGCAGCCGGCGACGAAGUCUAACCGCGGCAUAAUGCUAAACGCGGUGGAGUACUGCGUGUUCCCCGGCGCCGUCAACGCGGAGGCCAAGCGGCGCGUGCUGGAGGAGAUCGCGCGCUCCGAGAGCAAGCAUUUCCUCGUGCUGUUCCGCGACGCCGGCUGCCAGUUCCGGGCGCUGUACAGCUACUGCCCCGACACGGAACACGUCACCAAGCUGUACGGCACCGGCCCCAAGAACGUCAACGAUCGAAUGUUCGAUAAGUUCUUCAAAUACAACUCCGGUAGCAAAUGUUUCUCGCAAGUCCACACGAAGCAUCUGACGGUGACGAUCGACGCGUUCACGAUACACAACUCGCUGUGGCAGGGCAAGAAGGUGCAGCUGCCCAGCAAGAAGGAUAUGGCGCUCGUGAUAUAGGCGCCGGGCGCGGAGACACGUAUCUAGUCGCAGGCGGCAGUCGAGUCGAGCCUUUAUUUCUAUGCUUUUAGGGCGAACACUAGGCGGGAAUCGCGAGAGGGUCGCAUCCGCAGCUGUUGUACGCAACAGUGCGUACGCGACGCACGCGCGUUCCGGCGACGUAAGCUAGCGUAUCUCGGUAACGGCCGUCCACUUGUCAGAUGGUACGUUAGUGCUUGUGCCUCGAGACCGCAGGUUCGCCUGUGUCGUUUAGUUUGUAGACCCGAGGCCGAUCAGACGGGAACUCGAAUUUGUUUUACACCGUUCACACGAUACGAUAUAAAGUGCUUUAAAGCGAUUUUAUCACAGUUUUAUGGUAAACGUGUUUUAACGUAAUCGUCGCUUUAAUAGGUUCGCAUCGGCUUAAUAUGUAGUUAAAAUAUUCGGAUUGUGUAUAGAUGUGUUUAAUACGGUCUGUUUGUUGAUAUUGUUUUAGUCUGUAUUAGUUUUAUGCGUCCCGCGAGUGUCGGUUCGUUCGAGUUGUUGAAAUUAUUAUUUUAAUCGUGCUACGUUUUAUAAAAAACGGCAAAGACAUCUACAAAGACUUGUUAUUAUUUAUAGAUGAAUGAAUAUGAGCAAAUCUUAGAAUCGUGUUUUCUUCUUCGCAUGUGUUAAUUCUGUUUGACUGUAAUCUCCAAAACAUUUUUUUUCUUUUGCAUUUUUUUUUCGUUCCUGACAGUUUGCAAUUUUAUAAACUUUUCUGUUUAUUUCAGGGGUAAAUGUGCUUUCGAUGUAUCAUGGUUUACACAUGUGGAGAAGUUUAGGUUGUGUGAGCUUUAUAGCGUCUAACUUUUGAGUAAAAUCAACAGCAAAAAACUUUACUUUCUCUCUGUAUGUUCACUUUCAUACACUUGUACAGCUAGUGAAUACUGGAUAGGUAUACACGCUAAAGUUUUUGGCAUUUGAUUUUUGCGUCAAAUGAGGAGUGAUAAGGCUUUAUUGAGAGGCGGGACGAGAAGGGGGGAGGGUGUUUGCCAUAUGAGUUAGUGAGAUGACGUGUGCGUUACAAGUGUAUGUCUCAAUCCCAACUCGUUGGCGGUGUGACAACUUGAAAGCUCCGAACUUGGUGCAAUUCGCAUAUAAAUUAACAUUAACCGGUGAUAACUAACACGUAUAUAGUAAUACAGCUAGGUUUGUAUUGUUUUUAAGUUGUUCGUUGUAGUUUUGUAUCGUCAAGUUGUCGACCGCCGGCGCGACCGUAAGGAUAACCGAUUCACAAACUAAUCUGUGCUUACUCUUAACGUUUAACUCAUUAGUGAUUAUUUAAUUGACUCGAAGUAUGAUUAAGUGACGCGUAAAUGUUUUAAUGACCUUCAUUAGUGUUGAUUCGAAACCAAUUUUUUACCGCUUGUAUAGCUAAAAUAAGACGAGGCGCACUUACGCGGUAAUCGUACUGCCUUAAUCUGUAAAUAAUUGUUUUCUUUUUUUGUAUACAGCUAUUUAUUAAAAGAAUGUUAAACGAAAAUUGAUGAAUGUCAUUUUUCAUUGUUCAAUGAUUGGUCAUCAAUUAUAUACUACCGAUAGUGUAUGGUAUGCAGAUAUAUUGUAUUAUUAAAAAGCAUAACGAAAUAAUAUUGAAUUUCAUAUUAAA